CACCAUCGAGCCACAACAAAAACAACAACAGAGCUCAGCUGUUCGGAUGCUAACUAGCCGGGACCGUUACCGACCACUUAUCCUCGCGGCUUUUAAGUUUUAAGUUUGUUUAACCAGUUCAACCGGUUUUAACGCGUCGCUUUAUGAGAUAAAAUAUAGUAAAAUGUGGAACAACGCGCGGUAAUAAGCUUUAAUUUUAAUUCCUUUGUCUGUUUUCCUGCUAGCUCCUAGCAGCUUAGCUUUGUUAACCGGAGACGAGGAGGAGGAAGCCAGUUCGAAGGAAAAGACUCCACCAGACCCAAGAUAUUUAUGGCAAAGCCAGACCACAAGACCACCCGGUGGAGAUUCUGACCUCCACCAAUGACCAGCAUCAUCAUCUCCUCAGCUGCCACCAUGUCACCGCGAAAGAGACCCCUGGUCCCCGUGAGCAGCCGGCGCAAAGCGGCAGAUGACUACUUCCCUUUCAACUUCCUGCCGGUGGAGUGCCAGCUGCACGUCCUGUCCUUCCUGAACGAGGUGGAUAAGUGCAGCUGCGCUCUGGUUUGCCUGAGCUGGAGCUGCCUCGUCCGAUCCUGGAAGCUGUGGAGGGUAGCGGACUAUUCCCGACGUGGUGUCUUCCACCUCGGUCAGGAGGGGCUGCUGGUUUCCAACCGCGAGUUUGAGAGGUGGAAAGCUUGGGUGCACCAUUACACCCACCACCUCAUCUCCCGCCGGGCCAGUCUGCUCACGCUGAAGGCCAGCUUCGACCUGGGGGAUCGCUUCAACAAGUGGAGCGAGCUGCUGAGCCACCUGCUGAACAAUGUUCACUGCAGAGACCUCAGCCACCUGGAUCUGAACUGGACCUUCACUCUGCUCGAGCCGCUCGACCUCAAGGUCCACUCCAGCUCCAGCUCACACCAGGACAGCAUCACCAAAAUGGAUCAGGUGACCAGUUUCCAGGAGCUGCUCAGCGAGCUCACUCAGAGCUGCCCACGCAUCUCCAAGUUGCGGCUCCACUUCGACUGGUCGGACGUGUCCGUGUCGCUGCUCACCCAGUUCCAGCAGCUGCGAGUCCUUGAGCUCAAAUACUUCUGGGUAUUCAAAGGAGUGACUCCCUCGACGCUGCAGACCUUAACCAACUCCCUGCCCAACCUGAAGUCUCUGACGUUACACAUCCUGGUGCCGCUGAGGAAUCUGGGCAUCUCGUACACUCUGGAGUCUCCGUCCCUGGAGUUCCUGGACGUGUCGCCCAGCCGAGGCUUAGUCUUCUCCUGCCUGAAGCUGCCCGUCCUGCGCGAGCUUCGUGCCAAGAAGAUCGUCCGUGGUAUCACGCUGGACCGGAGGACCAGGCUGAGGAUUCAGCACCGGUGGCCGUGCCUGUACCACGUCCUCCGGGAGGGGACGCCAAAGCUUCAGGCCCUCAACAAUGAGAGGCUGCUUCCCACGUGGCGAGAGGAGAGCUACGGGGAGCUGUCGGCCAUCCUGGAACAGUCCUGUUACUGUGUUCAGCAUCUAGACAGCUGGCUGUGGUAGUGACCUGAAUGAGCUGGCAGAUUCCAGAAGAAAGCUAUAUACCCUUUUUAUUUCUGUCUGAUCGAACUGAACAUGCGCUCAUGGGGACACAUUCAUGCACACAUGGCUGCAGAUAAAACUCAGACUUGAAUUAUAAUCAAACGACUGCAAGUUGUUUCCAAAACAAAGAGCUGCUGCUACUUUGGAAACAUGUUGACAAGACGAUGAUGAGCAGCAUCUCUCUUAUUUUAAUUCUGUUUGUCGAAUAUUUCCAAAAAAGCAAAGGUGCCUCGCGCUGAUUGCACCGACUCGUGUUGGUCUGGAUUCAUUUUCACUGCUGGAAAAGUGACAUCAAUGACAUCUUGACGUGUGCAUGGCCCAUGUAUAAUCAAAAGACUGGUGGCUUCUCCAUGUUGUGGAUAAAUGCCUUUAAAACUAAAGCUGCUUUCAGACAUGAACUCUGCAAAAUUUCCAGAAAAUAUUGUGCAGACAUUUGCCAACAUUUGUCUUUUACAUGUGAAGCAGCAGCAGCAGCAGGUUGUUGGGUCCGACUCGUUCACAACAACAGGAACAUGUGGGAACAUUCAGGCGAGGGGCGGAGCCUGUGGAGCCGCAGGAGGCCGGA